UACAGGAGGACGGCUUCUGAGAUUCAGUGUUGAAUCAGCAGAACACUGACCAGGAGACAUGGCUGAGGAGGCAGAACUUUCACAAUUCGAGCAGGAGUCAUUAGACGCUCACAAUCACUACAGAAAGUUGCACGCAACUCCCCCUCUGGCUUACAACAAGAACAUGCUUGCUGACUGCCAAACAUGGGCUGACGUCCUGGCACCCAGAAAUGAAAUGGAGCACAGUGAGACGAAAAACGGAGAGAACAUCUGGUACAAGUGGAGCUCUGGGGAGAUGGAGUUUACAGGCAAGGAUUCAGCAGAUGCAUGGUAUGAAGAAAUCAAGGACUAUGAUUACAACAAUCCUGGAUUUGCCAGUGAAACUGGGCAUUUCACCCAGCUGCUGUGGAAGGACACCAAAGAAAUGGCCAUCGCCUACUCGGUGAGUGGGCAGACAGCAAUAGCGGUGGCACAUUACACCCCGGCUGGGAACAUCACCAACGAGGGGUAUUUUACGAAAAAUGUCCUGCCCCUCGUCGCCCCUCCAGAGGAGCCUGCAGUCGUGAGCGUGACAACAGGUAGAAACCAAAAUGGGAACCUCAGGGUGGAAGACGAGGGAUGA